AUGAAGGCUGCUGCGUUCGCGUCUACAACGAUUGCUGCUGUCGCAGCCUUUUUUGCCUCCACGGCCCAUGCAGAUGUCGACCCGAUUGUGAUAAAGGGCUCUAAAUUCUUCUACAAGACGAAUGGAACAGAGUUCUUCAUCAAAGGUGUCGCGUACCAACAGGAUUUCAGUGGGAACGGAACAUCUGGCAGCAACGACUACUCUGACCCUCUCGCCGAUCCGGACGGCUGCAAGCGUGAUGUCCCAGUGCUCCAAGAACUCCAGACCAACACGGUUCGUGUCUACGCGAUCAAUCCUGAACAAGAUCACUCGCAAUGCAUGCAAAUGCUUCAGGAUGCAGGCAUUUAUGUGAUUGCAGACCUUUCACAACCCGGUUUGUCUAUUAAUCGUGAUUCUCCGACCUGGAAUGACCAGAUCUACGCACGUUAUGCCAGCGUGGUUGAUUCUCUCCAAAAUUAUACCAAUGUCCUUGGAUUUUUUGCUGGUAACGAAGUCUCCAACAAUGCCUCAAACACCGACGCCAGCGCAUUCGUGAAAGCUGCGGUUCGUGAUAUGAAAGCCUAUAUCAAGCAAAACAACUAUCGUCAGAUUGGAGUCGGCUAUGCCACCAAUGAUGACGCAAGCAUUCGAACAGAUCUAGCGGACUACUUCAAUUGUGGCUCGCCUGAAGAGAGCAUCGAUUUCUGGGGAUACAACAUUUACUCAUGGUGUGGAGAUUCGUCGUAUCAACAAUCGGGAUACGCGGACAGAACUCAGGAGUUCUCGAACUAUUCAGUUCCAGCCUUUUUUGCCGAAUACGGUUGCAACACCCCAUCUCCUCGGAAAUUCACAGAAGUUGGGGCUUUGUACGGUUCUGAGAUGACCCCAGUUUGGUCUGGUGGUAUUGUCUACAUGUACUUCCAAGAGGCCAAUGACUAUGGUCUUGUUUCUAUCGACGGCAAUUCGGUUUCCAAGCUCGAUGAUUUCACGGCUCUGUCAAGUCAGAUUGCAAAGGUUACUCCUACCGGGGUCAAUGCUGCCUCCUAUACACCCACCAACACGAAGGCUCAAAACUGCCCGGCCAGUGGCACUGCGUGGCAAGCGGCAACAGCACUUCCGCCUACCCCGAACAAGGAACUCUGCAGCUGCAUGUUCGAAUCUCUAAGCUGUGUUGCCAAAUCGUCCGUUUCUGACGAAACAGUCGGCAAAACUUUCGGUUACAUUUGUGGCCAGUCACAGUCUGCUUGCGACGGAAUCACUGCCAAUGGCACUUCCGGUGUUUACGGAGCAUACUCCAUGUGUAAUGCUACGGAACAACUUUCAUGGGCUGCUAAUGCCUAUUACAAGGAGUCAAAGCAGAACCCUAGCGCCUGUGAUUUCAAUGGAGUCGCCCAUACCCAGUCACCUACCUCUGCUCAGGGUGCAUGCUCUUCGCUGCUUUCGCAGGCGGGCACUGCUGGAACUGGAACUGUUACCUCUGUACCUACAGGCACUGGUGCCGGUGCUGCAUCAGGUACUAAGUCGGGAUCGACCGGCACCAGCACUCACACCGGUGCUGCGUCCAUGAUGAAUGUACCAGUUCUAAACUUGGGAAUGCUUCAGUUGGGCGCAUACGUCCUUGGUGCCGCCCUUACCGGAGCUGGUAUGCUGUUGCUUUAA